GCUAGCGCGAGGCUGUCUACAUAUGGAUAGAGAAGACAGGAGAAAGGCGAGACUGUAGGAUUCCAGAAUCCAGACUGACUUGACUGCUGCUUAACAAUACAGAUACUGACCCAAUCAACCAAUUAACCAAUCAACGAGUUCCAGACCGCAGCUAGGCCCCGCCCAGUGACCAGGAUGGCUAAAGGCACUCCAGGGAAGCCCAAAGGCAAGAUGUCCUCCUACGCCUACUUCGUUCAGACCUGCCGUGAGGAGCACAAGAAGAAGACCCCUGAGAUACCUGUCAACUUCGCUGAGUUCUCCAAGAAGUGCUCCGGAAGAUGGAAGACGAUGUCUGGUAAGGAGAAGGGGAAGUUUGACGACAUGGCGAAGCAGGAUAAGGUGCGUUACGACAACGAGAUGAUGCACUUCGCCCCUGGAGGCAAGAAGGGAAGGAAGAAGGACCCCAACGCACCAAAGAGGCCCUCCUCUGGUUUCUUCAUCUUCUGUGCGGACCACCGGCCCAAGAUCAAGGCCCAGCACCCCAGCCUGGGAAUCGGGGACGUGGCCAAGAAACUGGGGGAGCAAUGGAACAACCUGACUGAUGCCACCAAACAGCCCUACCUGAUCAAGGCCAACAAACUCAAAGACAAAUACCAGAAGGAUGUUGCUGACUAUAAGUCCGGUAAGGGCAAGGUGGUAGUUCCGACCAUGGCAAUGGCCCUAAGCCCAUGACGAAGAGUAAUAUGGACGACGAUGAUGAUGACGACGAUGAGGAAGAUGAGGAGGAGGAGGGGAUGAGGAGGA